AUGGCCAUCGCCCCGACGACUCGCAGUAGUCUGUGGGCUGCUCUGUAUCUUCUCGUCACUUUCACCCAGGCUUUCUACAUUCCCGGUUGGUCAAUCAAAAGUUAUAGCGACGGCGAUGUGAUACCGCUCUUUAUCAACAAGGUCUACUCGGACAAGACCCAAAUCCAAUAUGCAUACUCGGAACUCCCCUUUGUAUGCCCUCCCAGUGGCCGUCGACGAGUCGGCCGCCUUAUCUCCGGAUCGAGCAUCGCCUUGAACCUAGGUGAAGUCCUCCGAGGUGAUCGCAUUGUCGUCAGCGACUACGAGCUGGAAAUGGGAAAAGACGACGAAAGCCACUACCUCUGCAGCCACAAGGUCGACAGGGCAGGUCUGCAAAGGGCUCAAGAGAUUGUAAAGGACAACUACGUGGCCGAGUGGGUCGUCGACAACCUGCCAGGCGCAACAAACUUUGUAUCGGCUGACAAGAGUCGCAAAUACUACGCUUCAGGAUUCAAAAUGGGAUUUCAAGAUGAGGACCCUGUCACUGGCCAUCCUCGCUACUUCAUCAACAAUCACGUUACCCUCGUCAUCCGAUACCACAUGGCACCAGGAAGAGAUGGACAACGAGGAAAGAAGGUCAUAGUCGGCUUCGAAGUCUACGCAAAGAGCAUCGAGGCUGCCAACAGGGAUGCCCAAGGCAUACCCGCCUCCAUCGCCCACGUCACGAACGGCAUGGAAUUGAGCAUGCGCAAGAACGGUACUGCUGCCGCUGCUCCCUCUUAUUACUCCUCCGACUCAUCCUACCACCCAGCCACAAUUGAGGACGUCGACGAGGAUGCCACUCUUACCAUUCCUUACACAUACUCGGUAUACUUUAGAGAAGAGCCUCAUCUCGAGUGGCAGAACCGAUGGAGUCUGUAUUUUGCAGACCAGGAGGAUACCACUGGCACUCACUGGUUCGCCAUUGUCAACUCUAUCAUCAUCUCUGGCCUGCUCACCGCUGUUGUGGCUGUCAUCUUCGCCCGUACUGUUCGCGGCGAUCUCAAGGCUGCCAACGUCGAGGAGGGCAAACUCAGGAUCAAGCGUGGCAGGACUGGCAUUCGCUCACCUCGUAGACUCGAAGAGAAGACCAGCGGACUACUGGAUCAGGGCGAUGUCGACAACGACGUUGAUUCAGACGAUGAAUCAGUAGAGGAUCUCACGGGCUGGAAACUCGUCCACGCCGACGUCUUCCGUACCCCUGCUAACGGAGGUGUCCUGGCUGCCCUUGUCGGCUCUGGCACUCAAUUAGUCUUCGUUGUUGCUGGUCUGAUCAUUCUUUCCUGCUUUGGCAUUCUCAAUCCGUCUUUCCGGGGUGGUUUCAUCAGUGUUGCUAUCGCUCUCUUCGUGCUUGCCGGCCUCGUUUCUGGUUACUUCUCUGCUCGCGUGUACAAGACAUUCGGUGGCCAGGUUUGGCAGAGGAACUGCUUCGUUACCGCGACUCUCUUCCCUGGCCUGGUCUUCGCCGCUGUAUUUAUUCUCAACCUUUUCGUCUGGGCACAAGCUUCAAGCACCGCUCUUCCGUUCGGAACACUUGUCGGUCUUGUCGCGUUAUGGCUACUAAUCCAGCUCCCGCUCGUGUACAUAGGCUCUUGGUACGGCUAUGUGCGCGUUGGAGCUUGGUCUCACCCUAUCAGAGCCAGCACUAUUCCCCGCCAGAUCCCCCAGCAGAGUUGGUACAUCCGCAGCUGGCAAAGCAUCCUUCUCGCGGGGCUGCCCGCGUUUUUCGUUGUGGCAAUCGAACUCAUGUUUGUGUUCAAGAGCAUCUGGCAGGACAAGAGCGGCUACUACUAUGUGUUCGGUUUCCUCGCUGUCGUAGCAGCUAUGCUGGUUGCGGUAGUCAUGGAAGUUACAGUCAUAGCUGUAUAUAUUCAGCUAUGUUCUGAGAAUUACCACUGGUGGUGGCACAGCUUUAUGGUUGGCGCCUCGAGCAGCUUCUGGAUUUUCGCCUACUGCAUCUACUAUUAUCUCAACCACCUGCAUAUCCACGGGUUUGUAUCUUCAUUGCUCUUCUUUGCAUACUCGGUUCUUGCAUGCGCCGUAUAUGCCCUCUUGACCGGAACCAUUGGGUUCCUGACUGCCUAUGCUUUUGUCCGUAGGAUCUACGGUGCUAUCAAGACUGAUUGA